AGACUGGCAACGAAAAUAGAAUUAUCAUGAUUUGACUUAUUCUAAUCAAGCAUCAUUCCAUGGGCUAAAGCACAAAACCUUCUAAUAACUGAAGAAAAUUUGGUGUUCCAUUGGAAAAGGAAAAUGAUAAAUGCAAAAAUGUCCUUGGGUGAGGAUUAAAAAAAAAGAGAGACUAGCAGAAAUUUGAGAAGGGCUAUAUUAGACAUGGAGAAAUUUCUAAUGACCUGGAUUGAAGACCAGACACAGAAGCAUAACCCUUUCAGAACCAGGAUUACAAGGCCAAAACAAAAAGUUUGUUUGUGACAUUGAAAGAAAAGGCUGGACCUGACUACAAUGUUGAGUUUACCUCUAGAUCUGAGCGGUUUAACUGAUUCAAGAAUCAUUAUUCAUCACGUAAUGGGAAGGGAUCGGGCCUACAACCUGGGUAUGUGCAUCAACUAGUCAAUAAACCUGAAGACUUUAUGAACCUGUGGACUUGCAUGAGCAGUAUAAUCGAUUCUCCUAGGAGUGUGUGCUUUGUUUGUUCCUUUUCCUGCAAGCCAUUUGAAGUGAUGAUGGAUGGGUAGCAGAACUUUGGAAGAGAAAGGGAUGAUAAACAUUAGAAAGGAAGGAAUAAAUCUAAGGAAAUGUUGGAGAUAUUUAAGUUGUAAGUGGAAGAAAUGCCUAUUAAAGAGAAAGAAGAAUUAGGAGAGGUAACUGUUUGCUUUGCGACUCCCUGUGUGCUCCUUCUGGAUCUCAUUCUCCCAAAUCCCCUACAGAGGUUUAAUGAACUUGUGAAAAAAUUCAAAGUUGAAUAUCAUGCUGGUGGUUCUACCCAGAAUUCAAUGAAAGUGGCUCAGUGGAUGAUUCAGAAGCCACACAAAGCAGCAACAUUUUUUGGAUGUAUUGGGAUUGAUAAAUUUGGGGAGAUCCUGAAGAAAAAAACUGCUGAAGCCCAUGUGGAUGCUCAUUACUAUGAGCAGAAUGAGCAGCCAACAGGGACUUGUGCUGCAUGCAUCACUGGUGGCAACAGGUCCCUUGUAGCUAAUCUUGCUGCUGCCAAUUGUUAUAAAAAAGAAAAACAUCUUGAUAUGGAGAAAAACUGGAAUUUGGUAGAAAAAGCAAGAGUUUAUUAUAUAGCAGAACCUUUGUUCUCACCAAGGGGAAAAAGAAGACAUAUAAAGAAUGAAAGAAGACAGGAAAGAACACUGUGGAGAUGGAUUGGGCUACAGGGCUUUUUUCUUACCGUUUCACCAGAGUCAGUGUUAAAAGUGGCUCAGCAUGCUUCCGAGAACAACAGAAUUUUCACUUUGAACCUGUCUGCACCAUUUAUUAGUCAGUUCUACAAGGAAUCAUUGAUGAAAGUUAUGCCUUAUGUUGACAUACUUUUUGGAAAUGAGACAGAAGCUGCCACUUUUGCUAGAGAGCAAGGCUUUGAGACUGAAGACAUUAAAGAGAUAGCCAAAAAGACACAAGCUCUGCCAAAGGUGAACUUGAAGAGGCAGCGAGUCGUGAUUUUCACCCAAGGGAGUGAUGACACUAUUAUGGCUACAGAAAGUGAAGUCACUGCUUUUGCUGUCUUGGAUCAGGACCAGAAAGAAAUUAUUGAUACCAAUGGAGCCGGAGAUGCAUUUGUUGGAGGUUUCCUGUCUCAGCUGGUCUCUGACAAGCCCCUGACGGAAUGCAUUCGUGCUGGCCACUAUGCAGCCAGCGUCAUAAUCCGGCGGACCGGCUGCACCUUUCCCGAGAAGCCGGACUUCCACUGACGGAGAGCGGGAGGCCCAGGCCGGGAGCACAGACGCCGCCCCGACUGCUUCCUGAGAAUUCCCGCAGGAAUAAAGAAGAAACUGAUCUGCCAGCUUUUCCUAUAUAAUAAUGUUCAUUCUUAAUUUAGAGGGUCUAGUAAUGCUCAGUAGAAUCUUUAUUCUCUCAACAAAGUAAAAUAUGAUGUUUAUUUCCAUAGUGUGAUAGUGCUGCUUAAAUGUCAAUUAAACAGGAAUAUAACAUUUCAAUAGAAACUAUUUCAUUUUCAAUUACUUUGUAAGUUCAUGUGUAUUUAGCAAAUUGAUCAGGUUUUUUUACAUUUCUGCUUUGAAUGCAGAUGCAAUUUAAUAUAAUAGAUAUUUUUAAAGGAAUUAAUCCUAACACAUCAAUCUUUAGCUUUUUAUACAAGUAUAUUUAAUUUAGGGAUAUACCAUAUAUAUAUAUAUAUAUACACACAAUAUAUAUAUAUACACACAAUAAAUAGCCAAAUAAGGUACAUAAAUAUUUACCUUGCCAAGUUAUGCCAAAUAAUGUCUUCAUUGCAUAAUCAAAUAUAUAAUAAAGUUUGGAUAAUUAAAUGACUUGCCAAAUUAUAAGUUAUAAUAUUCAAAUCAUAAUCUUAUAUUUACUUAUGGUACUCUGUAAUUU